CUGCCGUCAUCCUUGGGAGUCGGUUGUCCUCUCCGGCUCGUCGUCGUCCUCGGCCGAGCGCUCACUCGUGAGCGCUCGGCCGAGGGAUCCCAGCGGCCUGGACAUCAGAGAAGCCCGGUCGGAAGCGCAGCGCUGCCCUUCGGUGAGUCCCCAGCGCCCGUUGCCCCGCACACUCCCCUUGCUCUUUUGUCUCCCCUCAGCCUUUGUCUCCCCUCCUGUCAUGGCGUUCUGCGCAAUGCAGAGCCGCGAUUUCGACCUCGGCCGCCAGAGGGCGCUAGGCGCGGGCCCCGACUGGACUCGUUGGGCGUCUCCCAUGAGGCCAUGCGGCCCGCAGCCUCUUUCUGCCUCCAUUUCCGGCCACGUCGCCUUCUUUUCGGAUGACGACGCUGCGGCGGCCAUGGUGAACGUCCCCAAAACCCGCAGAACUUUCUGCCGAAAGUGCGGCAAGCACCAGCUUCACAAAGUGACGCAGUACGAGAAAGGCAAGGAUUCCCUGCACUCGCAGGGGCAAAGGCGAUACCAUCGGAAGCAGAGUGGCUAUGGUGGUCAUACAAAACCAAUUUUCCAGAAACAGGCAAAGACCACAAAAAAGAUUGUACUGAGGCUUGAAUGUGUGGAACCCAACUGCAGGUCUAAGAGGAUGCUUGCCAUUAAGAGGUGUAAGCAUUUUGAACUGGGAGGAGAGAAGAAGAGAAAGGGCCAAGUGAUCCAGUUCUGAAUUUCAUUGUUUUCGUCUUAUUAGGAAAAAUCCAUUCCAUUCCAUUCCUUGGUUUUGUGUUUUCUGUCUUGGAAAGGAAGAGGCUUGAGUAAAACCAAGUCUUCUACUAUGUGAAGCUUUUCCCAUGUGGGAAAAGUUCUUGAGGAUGUGACUGAGUGUUGUAACUUUACUCAUCUACUUAAUGAGAUUUGUGUCAUGGAGAGAGAGCCCAGCUGGACAUUUCUGGGGGCCUUGGUUAUUAGUACUAUGGCUAAAAUCGUUACUGACAGCCUGGAUUCCCAGACAAAUUGGGAGUGGGGAAAUUAAGGAUACAAAGUAAUAAAGAUAGGGAUAGUUAGCCCCUAUUUUAUAGGCCACCAGCAAAUCAGAAGUAAUUAAUUCACCUUCAGGGAUUGCCCUGUUUUUUAAGUUUCCCAUAUCUAUUUGGGUUGUUGGGAUUCUUUGUGGAAAUUAAUGAUUGAAUUGCCUGGCCAUUAAAGGGAUUGCCUAUAAAUUGAAAACUCAUUUGUACCUUGCUUUCAGAGUAUUAGUCAAGUGACUUCCCAUAGCUGAAGGGAUGGCCUGUUAACUGAAAACUGUUAUCAGUUAUGUUUUAGGGGUGGGUGAAAUGACAGCUGGUCAAGGCUUGGAACAGUAAAGAAUGGAGGUCAUUGUUUCUUUAUUUUACAUCGUUUUUUGUAUUACAUAAACCCAUAUUAGGCUUUAAGCCCUCUCCAGGGCAGAAUGUUUGUCUGUGUCUAUCUUUGUAUCUUGGCACGGUGCAAGCACCGUGCCUUUCACACUAAAGGUGCUUAAUAAAUGUUGAGUCUUCCUAA